GACUUGUUUUCUUUCUCUACUUUUCCUUCCGCCUUUCAACUUUCAACCUCCAAGCUACCUAACAUCUCCUGCAAAUCUGCUCCCUUCUACUUCAAUCCACUCUUUGAUUUCAUUUCCCGCCUCCCUCUCACAUCUGCUCCCUCCGUUCUGCCCAGCCGGGGACGCCUGAUCUGCGGCCACCGCCGCUGCUUCCGUAGCCACCGCCUCUGUUCCGGUAGGCCUUUCACGUCUGCUCCCUCCGUUCUGCCCAACCGGGGACGUGUGCGUAAUUGUAGUAGUACUUGCGAUGGCAUUUUCUGAUGAUCUUUUCUGUUAGAAGAGGAUUUAGCAUUGGAAAAGCCCAGGCUUCCUCUGCCACCUGUCAUUUGAAAAGUUUAUGCACCAUGAAAGAAGAAAAGAGAGACGAUUUCUUAGGUUCGUCUGCUGCUUCUCGCGAAGAAUUUCCUGUUUUACGACCUAUAAUUGCAGGGAACAACAAGAAAAGUUCGUCCUCCAAAGUCCAGGUGACACCAGAAAUAGAGAAGACGUAUGUUCAUCGCGUUUAUGAUGCAAUUGCUCCCCACUUCAGUUCUACUCGGUUUUCAAAAUGGCCCAAGGUCGAAGCGUUCUUAAACUCUUUGCCCUCGGGAUCUCUUAUUUUAGAUGCAGGGUGUGGCAACGGGAAGUACUUGGGGUUGAAUCCGAAUUGUUAUUUUGUUGGUUGUGAUAUUAGUGCACCCCUUAUCAAUAUAUGUUCGGAUAGAGGACAUGAAGUUUUGGUUGCUGAUGCACUAAAUCUUCCAUUUCGAACUGGUUACGGUGAUGCUGCAAUUUCUAUCGCAGUCUUGCAUCACCUGAGCUCAGAGAGUAGGAGAAAGAAAGCUGUCGAAGAAUUAAUCCGCAUCGUGAAAAAGGGUGGUCUAAUUUUAAUCACAGUUUGGGCUAGGGAACAGGAAGAUAACUCGUUGGUUAAAAAAUGGACUCCUCUUAGUCAAAAAUACGUCGAAGAAUGGAUUGGACCUGGAAGCCCUCGAACUUGGAGCCCUUCGUCUUCAAUUUCUCUAGAAAGCAUCUCAGAAACUGAGGAAAGUGUUUCUGGAGAGCAGUUGAGAUAUUUGCCGAAAGAGUCUGAAAAUGAAAGAUUGAAUGACAUCAAGCACCCGAGCUCUAUUGAUCGAACGCGGAGCCCUUCAUCUUCAAUUCUUCUAGAAAGCAUCUCAGAAACUGAGGAAAGUGCUUCUGGAGAGCAGUCGAUAUACUUACCUAGAGAGUCUGAGGAUGAAAGAUCUAAUAAAAUCAAGUGCCCAAGCUCUAGUGACGAACCUUUUUCAUUAGAUUCUACAAUUAAAAGGAGUAGUCUACAUCAGCAAGACUAUUUUGUGCCAUGGCACUUACCAUAUCAUCGAGCUGAAGUAAGUGGAGCUUCUUGGAAUGCUGUAUCUAAUGGUUUCGCACGGAGAGAUGAUAAGAAGGGUGCAGUGGUGUAUGACAGAUAUUAUCAUGUUUUCAGUGAAGGUGAACUUGAAAGGUUAGUCAGCAACGUCGAUGGUGCUGUCAUUGUCGACAGAUUUUAUGACAAAUCAAACUGGUGCAUUAUCCUUGAGAAAACUUCAUCAUGAGUUGAAAUCAACUAACAAGUCUUGUUACCAGUGGCCUUGACAAAAAUGGCCUCCGUUCCUGUACUUGACUGGUGAAAAUUUUGGAGUAGGGGAAUGUUACCAGUGGUCUUGUUACCACUUGGAUUUGGGUAGUUUUGUGAUUUCUUCAGCUUGUGUUCUUACUCUUGUUUCAUUAUCUGUGCUUCUUAUGGACCAUAGGCAUCCUUCUCAACGAAGCACCAUUUUAUUAUGACAUGCAACUUUUUAAGGAAAAUUUAUUUUUCUACAGACUCAUCUGUGUUGUUACUCUACUGAGGUUGUAAAGAUUCAAUUUGCAAUAGUUCCUGCUUCUGUUCCGAGAAAA